AUGCAUCAGGGUUCUUCUUUCAAUGACUACAAAACAUUAAACAGCCAGUCCAGGAAGGUGGACUGGAUGUCAGCUAUAGCCAAUGACAAGCCCCUCUCAGCGGUGACCAUCCCUGGUACCCAUGAAAGCCUGUCCCUGUAUGGCGGCCCGCUGCUGCGUUGCCAGUUUUGGAGAUUAGACAGCCAACUGGAUGCAGGGCUGCGGUACUUCGACAUACAUGUGGAGGGACAUGUGUUUGGCAAUGAGAUAAGUGUAGCAGACGGAAUUUUUGGAAAACAUGAACCGUUCACGAACGUUAUGAAAACAUUGAAGAACUUCCUGGAGAUGCACCGGAGUGAGACGGUCCUGCUGAGGGUGACGGCGCAUGGCUUGAACAAGAGGAAAGCCAUAAAAAAUCUGAAGAAGCUGCUUAAACAGGAUGGCGGCGUGUGGGUGGGGCCCUCCGUGCCCAGUAUGGGCGACGCCCGGGGGAAGAUCAUUGUCGUGCAGAGCCCAGACUUACCUCUGGGGGUUCUCAACAGAGACACAUACGUUGCAGGCGAUGACAAGUUCAAAAGCCACGAAAACAAAAUGAAGAGGAUCAGAAAACAUCUGGCUUAUGCUGGUAGCAUUUGUGCAAGUACUGUCGUGCUGACUGAGUCCAGCGCGUCAUGGCUACUCAAAGGCCCCAGAGGUGUGGCUGAAAUGAUAAACCCAGACCUGUACAAUUACCUGAAUGAUCUGCAGGGAAGCAAAGAUAGGCCAAAGUGCUUGGGAGUGAUUGCAAUGGACUUUCCAGGCCCUGACCUCAUCAAGGCUAUUAUUGAUUUCAAUUUCGAACUAGAAAAUUGA